UCAGCUGAUCAGUGUUUACAUCCCGCACUGUGGCCGCUCGCGCUGGAUGAGGACAGAGGCGCAGAGCAGAGCUAGAGGAACAGAGGCGAUGGAGGGAAUAAACACAGCCCGGCUCGAGCCGUGAAGCGCCGGCCCGCGUCCUGAUCACACUGCGCUGAGUCACCGGAGCGCGGGGCUCUUUGUCUGCGGUGGAGAUCAGAUUUAGCGAACAGCAGCUCCCUCCCUCGCUCCCUCCAUCUGCUGCCUUUAUUUACAGACAGACAGACAGACAGACCCGCAGGGUGCAUCCGAGGAAAACUGCUACAAUGGGUGGAGCUGUGAGUGCAGGAGAGGACAAUGAUGAGUUGAUUGAUAACCUGAAGGAAGCUCAGUACAUUCGUUCAGAGCUGGUGGAGUGUGCUUUCAGAGCCAUUGACCGUGCUGACUACUACCUAGAAGAGUUCAGAGACAGUGCUUACAAGGACCUGGCCUGGAGACAUGGCAACAUCCAUCUUUCUGCACCCUGUAUCUAUUCGGAGGUGAUGGAGGCCCUGGACCUGCAGCCUGGUCUGUCCUUCCUCAACUUGGGAAGUGGGACAGGUUACCUCAGCACCAUGGUGGGCCUCAUAUUGGGUCCAUUUGGUGUGAAUCACGGUGUUGAACUACAUGCUGAUGUCAUUGAGUACGCUUAUCAGAAGCUGGACUGCUUCAUCAAGACCAGUGACAGCUUUGACAGGUUUGAGUUCUGCGAGCCCUCCUUCGUAAUUGGGAACUGUCUUGAGAUUGCCCCUGAGAGCAGGCAGUACGACCGGGUGUACUGUGGAGCAGGGGUUCAGAGGGAACAUGAGGAUUACAUGAAGAACCUGCUAAAAGUUGGUGGUAUAUUGGUACUCCCCUUAGAGGAAAAGCUUACUAAAAUUACUCGGACGGGAUACAACUCAUGGGACACCAAAAAGAUAAUUGCUGUGUCCUUUGCACCUCUUGUACUACCAAAACACAGAGAAAAUGGGAAACCCAGGGUAGUAUCUCUACCUUCUAUGUUCGAGGUCCGAAGCCUCCAGGACUUGGCUCGCAUCUCCAUCCGACAGACCCUGAAGAAGUCAGUGUCUGGCCCGUGGCCUCUGCCCCGGAGAGCGGGGUCCAGGAGCAGAUCCCGUAUAAAACAGAAACGGGAACACCGCGACUCCACCCUGCUGACCAACCGCUACGUGUUCAUGAGUCGCCUGAUCCCCGGACCUAUGGAUGACAACAACAAUCAGUCGGGGACGGACGACGAAGAGGAGGACUGCAGAGGAGUUUGUGAACGUGAAGAGGACGAGGCAGAGGAAGAUGAAGACGGGAGGAGGAAGGAGGGACGGGUUCUGCUGAUUGAAACUCCAGUUAACAUCCUGCGGGAGAAAAUCCUCACCCUGCCACUUCCUGAGCCACUCAAGAUGUACCUUCUGUAUUACAGAGAGAAGUAGGCUAUUAGUGUUCGGUCAGGCACAGCCCAGCCCUGCCCAAUCAUGGGCUUCUACAGGUACCCACAGCCCCAUCAGUUCAACUCCUGCCUUGUCAGCAGAGAUGUCAAGUGCAAUUUUUAAUAAUGAAAUAAUCAGUUUUUUGGUUUCUAUCAACAAGCACAGCUUCUUUCAUCAUGACCUGUUGUAGCUGUUAUUCCACAACCUUGUAAAACUGCAUUGUGGCAAAUUCUGGAAUGGAACAGAAAUGGUUGCAUACUGAUUAAUAGUAACAAUGUAGAUACAUUACAAGGUAAGAAUGUUACAGGGUUUUGAGACCAUGAUAGUAUAAACAGUGUUCUGAAUAAAUAGCUUAACAGAGGGCUCAGAAGACUAAAGACUGGUUUAUACUGCAGUGUCUACAGUGUAACCUGCGCAAGUAGCCUAGGCUGUUUUGAGUGUUUUUGCCUGACUGCAUUUUGUGUCUGUGUCAUUCUGCACAUCAAUCACAGCUGCUGUGGUCUGCGCAGCUGCAACACAGUUAAAUUUCUGGGAAGGCACAUGCUACAGGGUAGGGUACACGGCUAUGUGUCGGCUACAGCUUAGAUUUAACAUAGAACCAAACAUUGGGCCUUAAGACCCUGUAGUCUCACUGUGGCCCAAGGAUUGCGAGGUAAAAUCCAGGAUCAUGCUGCCUUGGCCAAGGGAACACAGUUGGCCAAUCUGUCUCCUCAUCAAUCCCAGUGUGAUGCUGGUUGGGACAGGUGUUUGUUCCCCACAAAGCUGGGGAUCUGGCGCUUUCCUCAGAGCUCACUGGCUGCUGUGUGAUGAAGAGAGGCGGUGGCUAAUUUCACAGGUAUAGGAGGGGGCAUGCACUUGUGUUUAAUCUUCGACUGUCGGGAGCAUUGCAAAUAAUAUGGGGAGUCCUAGUGAGAAAUACAAAAAUGUUCAUUAUUUUUUUCAAAAAAAAAAAAAAAAGAUUCUACCCAUAAACUAUUAAAUAAGCUAUUAAGACAAUUACAUCGCUUUAUAUAAGAUAACUAAAAAAAAAAAACUCAUCCUUGACUCAUGCCAGCUUGUCAGGAACCUCUUUUUAUAACUUAUAUAUGGGAGAAAAAACAGGAUUAUAUAUAUUAAUGUCUCUCUUACUGCCUGCUGAUGGUAAAUGUAGUCUCAGAGGUUAUUAUUUCAGUAAGAGUAAACUUUUUUGUUUGGUUGGAUUUCAGUCCUCUACAGCGAGAGACUUUACUGCUUUUUCUUUACAUUUUUAUUUUUUGAUUACGUUAUUAUUCUAAAAAAAAAAAAAAAAAAAAAAGAGGAAAACAAUUAUGGCUGACGGCCUGCUGAAUCACAAAUAAUGUGUUAUGUGGAACUGUUUGCCUCUCUGUGUGUUUCAGUUGUCUGUUUCAUCUUUAUCUCAACAUUUAGAGACUGAUAUUUUAUGAAAAUGAUCCGUGUACAUUAUUAAUGGAGUGUGUGAAAGGUACAAUUACUUCAGUGAUUAUUGUGUAAUUAACAAAGAAGUCCUGUUGUGCUUUGGAGAACAAAAAUAUAUAUGUAUAUACAUAAAAAUAAUAGUAACUGCACUAAAGUUAAUUAGAAUUCUUCAGAGAAAGUGGAGUAUAUGCUUUUUUUCCAUCCAACAGAGACACCCAAGUGUUUAUUCCUGGGCCAGUUCAAACUAAUCUUUCAACUUUUGAUCUAUUUUUUUGAGAUCUGCUGUUUUCAAGCUUAUUUUUAAAGGCACUUUGUUUAUAUCCGUCACGGUUUGUACUAAAUAUUUGUCUCACAGUGUGCCACGUUGAGAGGUAUUGAACCAAUUACUAUUAUACAGGGACAUACACCGAUUAAGCAUAACAUUAUGUUCACCUUCUUUUGUAUAUACCCGUUAUCCACCGUUUCAGCUCCACUGAUCACGUAUCUGUUUCUCUGUAUACAUUCUUAUCCUCCUUUCACCCUGUUCUUCAAUGAUCAGUAUUCCACAGGAUAGACCACCACAGAGCAGCUGUUAUUUGGUGAUACGUCAUUCAUUCUCAGUACUGUAGCGCGCUGGUAUGAGUAGAUCAGACAAAGCAGAGGUGGCACAGUGUUUAAAAACUCCAGCAGCACUGCUUUGUCUGAUCCACUCACACUAGAGCAACAAACACUAACACCACCACCCAAAUAAUAUCUGCUCUCCUCUAUCUUGUAGGAUUCUGAUCAUUUAAGGACAGGAUGAAAGGAGAAGGAUAACAUAUGCAGAGAAACAGAUACAGGACUACAGUCCUAGUUAUAGAACAGUAUAGUUAUAGAACUAUACUGUUAUCCUAUAUGCUCAGCGGAGCUGAAAAAAUAAGUAACGGGUGUAGAAACAAGGAGGGCAUAAGGUUUUCAAUAUAUUAAACAAAAAAAAAAAAAAGGACCACCAUGUGAUGCUUUUCUUUGGGCAACAGUCUGAUCAUUUUCAGUGUAAAUAGUUAUGACACUGCUUCAAUCUAGAUGUUUACAGGGACAGAAUCGGUGCAUUGUAUACAGUUCAUCAAUUACAUUCAAAACUAAUCCUCCAUUGCUUACUUGUGUAUUAAUGUUCAGUUCAUGUGGUUCACAUCCAAACAUUCCCCAAGUCAACAGAGAUGGAACAACGACAGAGAAAUAUUUAAAGACUGGGUGUUCAAUGUAGCAAAUCCUAGAGGGCCAAACUAAGCUUUGAUUUUGCAAUUAUUAUUAUUAUUAUUUUUUUAGAUGUACCCAGCUUAAAAAUGUUUGAAGAAUGUAAAAUCUGCCUUUGUGUUGAAGAACAUAAACAUCAUUGACAACUACUGUUUAUAUGAAGUCAAAUAAAGUUUGAAAUUGUCACAUCAUCAAA